CAAUCAACCAUCUCUAUUUCUCAGUCUCUCUCUCUGUCUUUCUCUCUCUUUCUCUCAUACCAACUAAAAGUUUUUUGGGUAGGAAAGGAGAAGACAUCUGGAUGAUUUUCACUACUCUAUCAGUGCUCUCUCCUCACUGAGUCCAAUGGAUAAAUGUUUUGGUUUGCGUUUCCGAUGGAAAGCCUGUGAGCCAGUCAGGCACAGACGCAGACAGUCCAGCAUAUCAGUUCCUGCGAGUAAAGCAUGCCGGCGCUCCAGCGUGGGCCUCCCCUCUGCCGGCCUAGUGCAGAGACGCAGGUCUAGUGCUCAGCUGCACGGAGGCCUUCAAACCAGCCACAUGCAGGCUGAGCUCUUACAGUGCACAAGAGGACACUUUGCCAGGAGGAAGUCAAGUGGAACAACAGCUUGUUUGACCCCCCGGUUUUCUAUCCGACGAAGGCAGGCCGCCAAACACCGGAGCAUCCAUGCCCAGCUGCUGGGGCCAUCGCUACUCCUGGCUAGCAUGGUGCAGAUGAGUGAAGAUCACGAAACAGAUGACAAGAGUGUAGAAGAAUAUUCCUCUAUCUCCGAUAGUGACUGCAGCCAGGAGGAGCAAGAGUCAGCAAAGAUAGACUUGGAGUCUGAUAAGUGUUUGACAUGGUUGGCUCAGGGUUUAUUGGUGGGGGAAAGAAUUCAGCCCCGCCCCCUUAUACGUGCACCACGUUGCCUACGCCGAAACUCCUCGCACCUACUUACUGCUGAGGCAGUUUACCAAAGCCCUGCCUCUUAUGGGCUGUACGGAUGUUACCGUAGGACAAGUCAGAUACAGGGACUGUCUAAUGUGGGUGGAAUGUGGGCAGGGAAGCGAAAUUCUGUUGCCAGAGGAACAGUUGCACUGUACAGGAAGAGCUCCCUAUGUUGGCCAGAUCUCACUCUUUCUCAGACACUGCAGGGAACUUUCUACAACCCUCAGACUGACACAUGGAGUGGGUUCCUCUCGAAGGCAAUUUCCAAGUCUGGUCUCCAGCACCUCUCAUCCCAGCCCAGUGCUUCAGUGGUGGCCAAGGGGGAUAAAGAUAGAGAAAUCCGCAGCACUGUGGAUUGGAGUGAAUCAGCUCUGUAUGGAGAGCACAUCUGGUUUGAGACUAAUGUCUCAGGGGACUUCUGUUAUGUCGGAGAACAGCACUGUUACGCCAAGACCCUGCAAAAGUCUGUUGCUCGAAAAAAAUGUGCGGCUUGCAAGAUCAUAGUGCACUCUAUCUGCAUCGAACAGCUGGAGAAGUUAUUGGACUGGAAAGCUCCACCUCAGGGGGAGGGGCUUGAUGAGCUGCCUCUCAAAGAACCGUCAUUCAGAAUAAACUUUAGAUGUAAACCGUCUUUCAGGGAGUCAGGAUCUCGGAACAUCCGGGAAUGCGCCUGGCGGCGCAGAGCUUUCAGAGGUCGCCAUGCUCUUGAGCAAAUGAGAGGUGCUGCAGCUCAAUGUAGUGCACACACCUCUAUUACACAGCAGCCUGCAAUAGUGCGACACCACUGGGUCCAUCGGAGAAGACAAGAGGGCAAAUGCAAACAGUGUGGAAAGGGGUUUCAGCAGAAGUUUGCCUUUCACAGUAAAGAGAUUGUAGCCAUUAGCUGCUCCUGGUGCAAACAAGCAUAUCAUAAUAAGGUGGCAUGCUUUAUGCUUCAGCAAAUAGAAGAACCAUGUUCAUUAGGAGCACAUGCCUCCGUUAUAGUACCUCCUACUUGGAUCAUACGGGUUCGCCGACCUCAGUCAUCUCUAAAGUCAAGCAAAAAGAAGAAACGGACAUCCUUCAAACGCAAAUCCAGCAAAAAGGGAGCAGAGGAGGCUCGAUUGAAGCCCUUUAUAGUGAGGCCUAUUCCUUCUCAGCUCAUGAAGCCACUGCUGGUGUUUGUAAACCCAAAGAGUGGAGGAAACCAGGGAGCUAAAAUCAUUCAGUCCUUUCUGUGGUAUCUAAACCCUCGGCAGGUCUUUGAUCUCAGUCAAGGGGGUCCUCAGGAGGGGUUGGAGAUGUAUCGCAAAGUACACAACUUGCGAAUCCUGGCCUGUGGUGGGGAUGGCACGGUGGGCUGGAUCUUGUCCACUCUUGAUCAGCUUCAGCUUAAUCCUUCACCUGCUGUGGCAGUACUUCCUCUGGGCACAGGAAAUGACCUUGCUAGAACGCUAAACUGGGGUGGGGGUUACACAGAUGAACCUCUGAGUAAAAUUCUGUCUCACGUUGAGGAUGGAAACAUUGUUCAGCUAGAUCGAUGGAAUCUUAUUGUGAAGCCCAACCCAGAUGCGGGCCCAGAAGAAAGAGAUGAGCAGGUGACAGACAAGCUUCCUCUAGAUGUCUUCAAUAACUAUUUCAGCCUUGGUUUUGAUGCUCACGUGACUCUAGAGUUCCACGAGUCUCGAGAGGCCAACCCUGAGAAAUUUAACAGCCGAUUCAAAAACAAAAUGUUCUAUGCUGGGACAGCGUUUUCUGAUUUCUUGAUGGGCAGUUCCAAAGACCUGGCCAAACACAUCAAAGUGGUGUGUGAUGGGACAGAUUUGACCUCUAAGGUCCAGGAUUUAAAGCUGCAGUGCUUGGUCUUCCUCAAUAUCCCCAGGUAUUGUGCAGGCACUAUGCCAUGGGGCAAUCCAAGUGAGCAUCAUGACUUUGAGCCUCAGCGUCAUGACGAUGGCUGCAUUGAGGUCAUUGGAUUCACAAUGACAUCACUGGCCACGCUGCAGGUUGGUGGUCAUGGUGAGAGGUUAAAUCAAUGUCGUGAAGUCACUCUUACCACCUUUAAGUCGAUCCCCAUGCAGGUGGAUGGAGAGCCUUGCAAACUAGCCCCAUCUGUCAUUCACAUCUCCCUUCGAAACCAAGCCAACAUGGUGCAGAAAACCAAGAGACGCACAUCUAUACCACUGCUCAAUGAUAGUCAGCAACCGUUUCCAGAAAGGUUACGGAUCAGAGUGAGUCGCAUCAGCAUGCACGAUUAUGAAGCUCUGCACUACGACAAGGAGAAGCUCAAAGAAGCUUCAAUCCCACUGGGUCUCAUCGUUGUCCCAGGAGACAGUGAUCUGGAAACCUGCCGAGCUCACAUUGAGAGACUACAGGAGGACUUUGUGUCGUGUCACCCAUCUCUACAGCGGCUGGUGCUCCAGGAAGGUGAUGGGACCAAACCUAAGGCUUUGUCAUCACAGAGGCUGUCGCCAAAAUGGUGCUUUCUUGACUCAACAACAGCAGAUCGAUUCUACAGGAUUGAUCGAGCUCAAGAGCAUCUUAACUAUGUGACUGAGAUUUCUCAGGACGAGUUGUUCGUUUUGGACCCGGAGCUGGUUGUCACAGAGACAGUCAGCACGUCACCAGGCAUGCCAGACCUAGUGGACUCCUCUGGAGACAUCCUGUGCGUUCCACGCAAAUUCACCUUCCACUCAUCCUCAUCUUCUUCACCAAACUCCCCUGGACCCAGGGUUGAGGAGCUCCAAAGGAAGCGUGUUUCCAGUGACAGUUCUGUGGCACAAGCUCUUGCACACAGUGACUCACUCAGAUCAGCCAAACCAGCUCUCAGCAGGGCGGGGGGUGUUCAUCGCUCAAACACAACAGCAGCAGAUUUCAAACCUACCAGCAGGAUUGAGAAGAGCACCCUGAGUGAUGCAAACUCCGAAACAUCAGCUGACACUCUAAUCGAUUGUGUGAAGAAGAAGGACCACCAGAAGUUGAAGGAGCUGCAUAAGAAAGGGGCAAACCUGUGUGUGCAGGACUCUGUGGGCCGUACCCUACUGCACUACGCUGUGGAAGUGGGCAGCAAGGAGAUUGUCAGAUACAUCAUUGAUAAUGCACCCGCCGAUAUCCUGGAUGUAACCGAGAGAGAAAGCGGGGAGACAGUGUUGCACAAAGCGGCCUCAUUGUGUCAUAGGACCAUCUGUCAUUACCUGGUGGAGGCGGGGGCAUCGCUCAUGAAGACGGACUUACAGGGGGAUACUCCAAAGAAUCGUGCUGAGAAGGCAAAGGAUGCAGAACUUGCGUCAUAUCUUGAAAACCGUCAGCACUACCAAAUGAUCCAGCGUGAAGAUCAGGAGACUGCAGUUUGACCUCUCACCCCUCACCUCAGCUGGUGUCUUUAUCUUGUGCCAAAACAACAGUAACCAAACAUGUAUUCACCCAUAGCUGACUGUCUGGCCUGCAGAAGGUGUUGAUACAUUCCCAGAGAGGGGAGAUGGUCGCACACUUACAGUAACUGUCUCUGAAGAGGUCUCUAGCUUUGAGGUUCAUUCUCUGAAUGACCUGUCGGUCUUAAAGUUUUUUUAAUUUCAUUGCACUGCCAAAACUUCUUUAAGAGUUUGUAUGUAUGUAACAGAAUGCAUUUCUCUCCAUGUUAAUGCACUCAUCAAGUUUAUUGCUUUUCUAGUAUGACAAUGCUGAAUGUUAGAUGAUUGCAAAUGAAGGGCUGAAUGCUAACCUGUGGGUGAGGACAAUCAUCCACUGUCUGUAAGUUUAGCUCAAGCUGUCACUGUAGCGCUGAGAGCCCUGACCCUUUGUUAUUGCUCAUGUAUGGCUGUGCUCAAAUACUAUAGACUGGUUAGUGGUCCAGAACAUGACUGUAGGUCAACUUUUGGUGUUUAACCUGAAACUAAUUUAGCUGACUAAUUUCAUUUUUAAUUAAAUGAGAUGAAAUUAAAUUUCAAUGCACUCAAAGUGUUUUCUUUCAGCGAUGGUUCAAGGAAAGUAAUGUUUAGUGGGGUGUUCGUUUGAAGUAUCAGAACUAUUUAGAUAUUUUUCAGGUAUGUUGUUGAAAGGAUUUUGCAUUUUCAUUUUAAAUAUUUGCAGAUUUCUGUGCUGUUUCUAAUAAGAAUAUUCAGUACUGUAAAUGUAUGCAAGUAGCUUUCUGUUCGAGAGGGAUUUGCACUGUAGCUUUGAUUGCCUUCUUUACUCUACUCUUCUACUCUAAUCUAUUUAUAAUUGAUUUACUAAACUAUAGCUACUUUCCUAUCAAAUUUUAAGUAAAUAGAUGUUUAUAUGAUUUGUAGCUAUUGCAGUUGUGUUGUCAUGUUUGUAUUAUAAAACUCUGUAAAUUAGAUAUUUGUUUAUUUGAGAUUAUAACAGAUUUUUUGCUCCUUUUGAUGAUUCAGCAAAUUUGUAACUAUUUGUGAUAAACCAAAACACUUUAUAUAAGAGUUAGUUUAUUAUUGCUUUUUUUAUUAUUAUUAUUGCUGAUGACUUGAUAGAGAUUUAAGAUUUCAGGAUACUAUUUAUUCUCAAAAAUCGUUAUCUAUUCAAAUUAAUUUGGCCUUGAAACGACACAUAUUUAAUAAUUAAGAUGACUUAAGUGAUAACAUUUCAAUUAUUUGCAUCACAGAAUGAAAUUCUUGUUUGUCCAGAGACUUUUGCUACUUUAAUGUGAUGUGACUUAUUGAUUUGACAGUUCUUUACAAUAAAUUGAAUUAUAUGUAUGCAGACUUAAUACAUCUACGAGUUACAACCCUUCAUUAGCUGUGCAGUGUGCCACAAAAAAAAAAACAGCAUAAAGGUGUUUUCAUUUAUGGUGUGCUUCUAAGACUUUUUGUAAACAACAAAAUUACGUCACUAUGACAUCAUCAUGAGCAACAACUUGAUACAAAUAAGUUAGUAAAUUGUUUGGCCCCCAAAAACGUGGCGAAAGAGAGGCACCUAUGUUUGUUGCCACUGAAAACUUAACUAAACCCGAUUUACUUUUAUUUACUUAUUUAUUUAUUUGUAGCGAGUUGUUUCUCAUAAUGACAUCAUGUUGUUGUUUACCAAAAGUAUGUAAAAAAUCGUGUAAACACCUUUUAGAAUUUUUAAGAUAUGAGCAAUAAAACAUAUUGGCCCGGAAAAGUUUUUUUUUUUGGGGUCCACUAUGUAUAUUGUCAGAAAUGAAUUUUCAUCUCUCAGUUAUGCUUGCUUUGGAUGGAAAAGUUGAGUGUUUAAACAUCUAUCCAUCCAGCGCCCUCACCCUGACAGCUGUGUGACAGGAGCCCUGAUGAAUGGCAUCAUAACGCCAUGAACCAAUAAUCAAUUCAUCUCUUACAAUAACAUAUGUGAGAUGUCUUAAUGACCACAUUUUAAAUUCUGAAAGACUUUUAGGACAAUUUUGCACUUUUUAAAUAAGGAAAAUCUGGCUUGUCGUUCAUAUAAUUUGUGUAAAAGGUACAUAAAAUGUGCUGAAUAAUCAUUCCAUUUUUAUAUUUUAAGAAUAUUCCAGCUGAAACCUCAGCAUAAAGACUGGUUGUGCGAUGUCUUGCUUGUGAGGAUUGGUGUUACAGAAUUGUGGCUGAGAGUGACUUGUAGGAGAUGAAAACUAUAGGAAAGGAAAUGCUGUUUUACAUAGUUUAGACAGUCACAUGUCCACAGAUACAUUCUGGAUGAAUGACACUAGCAGACUGACUGAUAAUUUAACAGUGAUCUUCAAGCCAAUGGCCCUUUCUAUAAAAUAAUUACAGCUUUAUUCAUUUGUGCAGGAAUUCUGAGCAUUUCAGUGUACUAUUUGCGAUAUACAGCCUAUAGGAACUUUGUCUCUCACUCUCUCACAGUGAUUGGAGGGAUUAAGAGGAAGUUUUGCACAUUUUGAGGAUUUCCUUUGCUCCAUAAUUGUCAUAAUCCUAAAAAAGUGUUUGUCAGACUAAUAGGCAGGACAGAUGGCAUAGCUUUACUCCAGAUAUUUUUAUUAUUAUUAUCAUCUAAUUUCUUAUUUAAAAGUGCUAAAUACACCACAAAAUUCUUUAAAAAUGCGUCUAAUUGAUUUGGACAUUUUUAUAUAGGUCUUAUAUUGUUAUACAGUGUAUUGAAUCCUUCAAAUUAACACAGCCUUAAAUUUCUUCAAUAAGUACAAAUGUUAAUAUGUCUACCGUUCGCUUAAAUCUAAUUUAACUGCUCAUUUUCAGUUGAUGAAUGCAUGACAGAUUAAUUAGCAAUAUGUCUUUGUUGAAAGGCAAUGUUUAGUUUUUAAGUUGCUGCAAUUUACUGCAUUAAAUCACUCAGUGAAAGCAAUCUGCAGCUAUUAACUCAGUGAUGUGGAUAUUUAUAUUGUCAGUUGUUAUUUACUACUGUAGACUUGCUUUUAACAUAUCAUUAUAAUACCUCUAAGGGCAAGUGUGAUCCAAUUGCAUAAUGCAUAUGGCCCUGCAUAAGCAAUUGAACUGUGCAAGGAGUUAUUUAUUUUAGAAUUUAUCACCCUGAUUGUAAUUAAAUGGUUCUUUUUUAAUGUUUUCUUGUUUGUCCUCCUACUGUGAGUGGUGGUAGCUGCAUUAUAUUGAACUUCAGUCUCCUCUACUGUGAUGAAGUUCAUUUUUGUCGAGCCUUCAGAUCAUUAGUUCUGUCCUGUGUUUAAUCAAAUAGCCAUUACCAUUAACAAACUGUCUGCAGGCAUUAUUUUUUGCAUUUCUCUGAUAGCCCUGCUGUUAUACUUUAUCUAAUAGAGAUAAUAGUAAGUAAAUCUUUUUUUUUUUUUUUUUCUUUUAUCAUUUCAU